AUGGCAUCACUAGCAACCCAUUUCUCAGCGUUCGUGUUGCUCUUUCCCAUAGGCCUACGUCGCCUACUCUGCUCCUCCUCUCUCUACCUCAAGAACCCAUCUCUCUACCGAUCCAAAAUCUGGUAUUUCUCAGAACCCAAAUGGAAAAACUUUGAUUUGUACACUCUCACCAUAGCCCUCCCCAUUGCUUCCUUCUCCGAAAUUUUUAUCUUUUUGGCCUUUUCGGGCCACCCCACGUAUCGUUUCGCGUUUUUCCAGCAAUCAGCAGCCAUUUUCAUGUUCUGGGCACUCAUCAUUUUGAUCAUCUGCCGUGAAAAUAUUGACACUUUGCAUAUCGAUGAAGGGUUCGUCUUCGUUAUCGCAGCCAUUUCGUUCCUGGUCGAGUAUUCGGUGAUCGGCAAGGGAAUUUCGGGUCUUGGUGGAGCUAUGUAUGAUAUAUUAGGUACAUUGACCCUUGUUUGUGCUGUUUGUUCCUUGUAUUUAUCAAUUAGGCCCUGUUCGUUUUGCGCCGAGUUUUUCUUGUCCUCUGGAUUGGUCUUAAAGGGCACUUGGAUUUUGCAACUUGGGUUGUCCUUGUACACUGAUGCAUUUGGAUUAAAAGGGUGCAAGAAAAUGUCAGUUUGGCCAAACCAGGAGAAUGCUGAGUGGAAAUGUGAUCUUGAGGAGGAUGGUUUGAGGGGUGUUUCUUUGAUGACGCUGCUGUUCAUUGGGCAUGCAAUUGCAGUCUUGCUAUUGAGUUUGAUGUUGUUUGCUUUGGUGGCAAGUAACUGGAAUUUGAGGUGUAGUGAGGCCAGUGGCCCGUUGCUAGCGCAGCUUGAUUCGGGGCAUGUGUUGAUGCCUUCUAGCCUCGACCUCGAUAUGGAAUGA